AUGGCAGGCUAUCACCUCCCCGUCGACCUCAAGCAGUUCAAGAAGCUGAAGCUCGAUCCCACGAGCAAACAGCUCACAGACCAGCAGAAGAAGGACCUGCUGCAUAACAUCAACGUCUUCCGCGAUGCCAUCAUCGCCUUCACAGCGACCGGCGCCGCCCGGGGCCAGGCAGGCCACACCGGGGGCCCCUUCGACACAACUCCUGAAGUCUGUAUUCUUCUAGGCUUCCUCAAUGCCAACCCAUCCGGCUUCUACGACGCCAUCUUCGAUGAAGCUGGCCACCGCGUCGCAACACAGUACCUCCUCGCCGCUCUCGACGGCAAGAUCGAACCCGACCACCUCCUUAACUACCGCGACGCCAACUCCAAACUCCCCGGUCACCCUGAACUCGGCCUCACCCCGGGCGUGAAGUUCAGCUCCGGCCGCCUCGGCCACAUGUGGGGAAUGGUCAACGGUAUCGCCAUGGCAAACCGCGACAAGGCCGUCUUCCUUCUCGGCUCCGACGGAUCCCAGCAGGAAGGAAACGACGCCGAAGCCGCCCGCAUUGCCGUGGCCAAGGGCCUCAACGUCAAGGUAUUCGUCGACAACAACGACGUCACCAUCGCCGGCCACCCAUCGCAGUAUCUGAAGGGGUAUGAACUCGAACGCACCCUCUCCGGGCACGGACUCAAGGUCGUGCGCGCCCAAGGCGAGGACAUCGACUCGCUAUACGGCGCCAUGGUCGAAACCAUCAACACCCCCGGCCCGGCGGCCGUCAUUGUCGACCGGAAGAUGGCGCCUGGCAUUGAAGGUAUCGAGGGCGAGACGCACGCACACGACGUCGUCCCCGUUGACAUUGCACGCAAGUAUCUCACCAAGCGCGGGUACUCUGCUGAAUCCCUCGCCUUCUACGACCAGAUCAAGGCCACCGGGAACCCGCACCAGUACUUGGGCUCGACGAAGGAUAAAGGCGGGAACCGGGUUAUCUUCGGCGAGGCCGUGAACGCGGUUCUAGACGGGCUGAGCAAGGAAGAGGCCGCGAAGCGCGUCAUGGUCAUCGACUCGGACCUGGAAGGCUCAACAGGUCUAAAGGGCAUUCACCAGGGUCAUCCAGAAGUAUACGUGUCGUCUGGAGUCAUGGAGCGCGGAAACUUCAGCGCAGCAGCCGGAUUCGGCUUCGGCAGCGACGGCUCCCGCCAGGGUGUAUUCUCGACCUUCUGCGCGUUCAUCGAGAUGUGUAUCAGCGAGAUCACGAUGGCGCGGCUGAACGGGUGUUCGGUGCUAUCUCACUUCUCGCACAGCGGUGUGGACGAAAUCGCCGACAACACAUGCCACUUCGGGCUGAAUGCCUUCUUUGCUGAUAACGGGCUCAUGGACGCCGAGAGCACGGGGCUUUACUUCCCUGCUGACGGCGAGCAGAUGAAGGCUGUUGUGAGCAAGAUCUUCUUCAACAAGGGACUGCGGUUCGUCUUUUCGACGCGCUCCAAGGUUCCUUACAUCCUGAAGGAGAACAGCGAGGAGAAGCUGUUCGGUGGGAACUACGAGUUUGUCCCUGGUAAGGAGGAGUUCAUCCGCCGCGGAAAGGCCGGGUAUGUUGUCUCCUACGGUGACAUGCUCUACCGCUCUCUGGACGCCGUUGAGCGUCUGCGCAAGGACGGUCUUGAUGUGGGAUUGAUCAACAAGCCUACCCUCAACGUGGUGGAUGAGCAGGCGAUCAAGGAGUACGGCUCCAGCCCGUUCGUCGUGGUUGUUGAGUCGUUGGCUCAGAAGACCAGUCUUGGUUCGAGGCUGGGAAGCCACCUCCUUGACCGUGGUCUGAAGCCGAAGUACCGCAUGAUGGGUGCAGUCAAGGAGGGCUGCGGUGGUCUGUUUGAGCAGAUCAAUGCCCAGGGCUUGGGACCUGAUGAUAUCGUUCGUGUUGUGAAGGGGGCCGCCGGUAAAUAA